UACCUUCUGCCCAAGUCACCUUACUUCUUCAAACAGAAACUUCUUCAAACAGAAACAUUUCAGAGUAAGCGAGUGGCGAGAUUCAGCAGAGGUUUCUUCCGCUCCGCUGAUAGAUUUUUCUCUGCGUCUCAUCAAUCUUCCUUUUAUCUCCCAAUGUCGAUUUUCGAAUAUAAUGGCAGUGCACUUGUAGCAAUGGUGGGCAAGAAUUGCUUUGCUAUUGCCAGUGACCGGCGACUUGGUGUGCAGCUUCAGACCAUUGCAACUGAUUUCCCUAGGAUUUACAAAAUUCAUGAAAAACUUUACAUCGGACUUGCUGGGCUAGCCACAGAUGCACAAACUCUGUACCAGAGACUUGUCUUCCGUCACAAACUAUAUCAACUCCGCGAAGAGAGGGAUAUGAAGCCAGAGACUUUUUCCAAUCUUGUUUCUGCUAUUUUAUAUGAGAAAAGAUUUGGACCAUACUUCUGCCAACCUGUGAUUGCUGGAUUGGGAGAUAAUGACAAGCCUUUCAUCUGCACAAUGGAUUCAAUUGGUGCAAAGGAGCUUGCCAAAGAUUUUGUUGUUGCUGGUACUGCAUCAGAGUCCCUCUAUGGUGCCUGUGAGUCAAUGUACAAGCCUGAUAUGGAAUCAGAAGAACUAUUUGAGACCAUUUCUCAGGCACUGAUGGCCUCUGUGGAUCGCGACUGUUUGAGUGGAUGGGGUGGCCACGUCUUUAUUGUCACUCCAACAGAAGUUGUAGAGAGGACCCUGAAGGGAAGAAUGGACUGAUUGGGGGAAUAUCUCAAAUGGCAAAAGUCAACCUUUUUGGGCUUUGAUUUCAGCCAGCCAAGUUAUGCUCUUUAUGUGUGACUGUUACGAGGCGAUUGGAACCUGAGAUUUUCUUUUGGAAGAUUGACAUCGUUAAGCAAAGUUGGGAACUUGGGCAUCAAACACUUUCAUCUGUCAAAGAGAACUAUUUAAAUUCCUGUCAAAUGGCUAAAGAAGAAUUAUAUCU